AUGACUAUAAACAGUAACCCUACAACCUCUCCCCCUAUCAACUCGUCCCCUAACAAACUCGCUCCUAAAAAACUUGCCCCCUUAACGAAUGACUUACGGUACUACGCGUCUACCACUACUCCUUGCGACGCCACUCCUUGUCAGAACGGAGAGACUUGCAUGAAUAUUGGAACGACGUCCUACGCAUGUGCUUGCCCACAGGAUUACUCUGGAACCAACUGCGAAACAUACACACCACCGACUAGUAACACUUACUGUAACACUAACCCCUGUCAAAACGGAGGAACCUGUCGAACAUCUGGGACAUAUUACGAGUGUGACUGCCGUCUGGGUACUUCAGGAACUAACUGUGAAUCUGUUGAUGCGACGUGUACUCCAGAUCCAUGUAAUGGUGGGACGUGUACAGCACUGACAGCAGGAGGAUAUCAGUGUUCAAAUUGCCCAGGUCGCCAAUACGGGGACCAGUGUCAAUACUCGGCAGUGGUGUGUUCCCCCACAACCUGUGGAGUAGGAACAUGUACUGAGAGUGGAUACCAUUACCUUUGCGACUGUUCUCCUGGAUACACCGGUACCAACUGUGCAAAUGUGGAGGAUCCCUGUAAUGCGAACCCAUGUGAGAACGGUGGAACAUGCUCUUCCAGUGGUCAACCGGGUACAGUAUACGCCUGUAGUUGCACAACUGGAUUUAUAGGAACAAACUGCCAAACACUCUCCAAUAACUAUUGCAUAACUGUCGCUGCUUGUUUGAAUGGUGGCACGUGCCAGAUAUCUGGAAAUUGGUAUGCAUGUACCUGUGCUGCUGGAUAUGUUGGAUACAACUGUGAAACCCCUGGAGAUGGUAGUUGGAGUUAUGAAGGAUCAACAGGGCCUGAUUACUGGGGAGAAAUAGGCUACCCGAUAUGUUCGGAAGGCAAUAGACAAUCACCAAUCGACAUCAUCACCCGCCUGAAUGCACCCCAAAAGUUACUUGAGCUCACAGGUAACUGGAAAUUGGACCGUCCACUGUCAAUAACAAAUAAUGGGCAUACAGUACAAGCACCACUUGACGGACAGUACAGUUCUACAGGGGGACCGUUGGGUUCUACUGUCUUCUUAGCCGAACAGUUUCAUUUUCACUGGGGGGAUACAAACGGUGUAGGCUCCGAGCAUAAAGUGAAUGGACAAGCCUACUCAGCAGAGAUGCACAUAGUACACUACGACUCAAUGCGAUUCAAUAACGUCUCCGAGGCAGCAAAUAGCAGUAUGGGUUUAGCUGUCUUUGCCUUCUUCAUUGAAAUUGGUGGAGGCGAUAAUGCUGUCAUGCAACCCAUAGUCGAUGCAAUCUCUGGCUUAGGAAAGGGCCAAACGAAAGACCUGCAGACCCCGUUCAAUCUCUACAAUCUUCUACCGAUGCCACUUGGUAACUACUGGACUUACAGCGGUUCCCUCACCACACCUCCUUGCUACGAAUCCGUAAUUUGGAUUGUGUUUGAGAAUCCAAUUAAAAUCUCACAGACACAGAUGAAUGUAUUUCGACAAAUUGAAAAGCACAACUAUCGACCAACUUUGAGCAUAAAUCAGAGGCUUAUAAAUUAUAACUAUUUGGUAUAAUUUAUUGAAGAAUUUAAAAUAUUGUGUUAUUAUUAAUGCCAUUGAAUUCUUCUAUCGAAUCGUUCCAAAAAUUCAGUGAUGACUCGUACUAAUUUCCACUUCCUAAAUUAUUUUGACUUUGUGUCUUAAAUAGAUACGGUAAUAGGCCUACUAAAAUCUAACAUGUUUUUUAUUGGCUAUAUUUUGUGUCAA